CUUCUCAGGGGACCAGGCCCAAGGUACAGCAGGACAGCAUAGAGUGGGCACUGCUGGACCAGCUGCUGCCGGCCACUAAAGACUUGAACAGACCAGGAAUGCUCAUUUCAGUUGUGUCGAUGCCUCCAGCAGCAAGUGGCCCGAGAUCCGAGGCCCACCCUGGGCCCCCACCACCCUUGCUGCCCAAACCGGGAAGAGACAACCAGAGACUUCAGAAGCUACUGAAAAAAGCGGCUCGGAAGAAAAUGGUGGGAACGACUCCCACUCCACCUGGGGCCUUCCGUACUUCCCUGUCUCCCGUGAGUGAGGCCAGUCAUGACCUGGAGACCACAGUCCAGCGUCCUGCUGAAGUCCCUCACACGGUGGCCCCCCUACCCCGCUCCCCACAUACCCCCAUUAUUCAGCAUGUGGCCUCACCCCUGCAGAAGUCCACUUUCUCUUUCAGCCUUCCUCAGCAAAGAUCUCUGGCAACUCAUUUCAAGGUACCUCCUAGGCUUGAAGCCCCAGCCCCAGAAACUGCCUGGCCCCGCAGUGGCUUUGCCCAUGUAUCUGCCCCUACUGCAGGUGGUACCCACAUCACCCAAGUGCAGAUCCGGCUAUCCCCAUCCUCACAUACCGGGACUUCUGAGUCCCCGAGGAUGGCCCUGGAUGGGGAUAAAAGCCUUCCCACUGCUAGAACCCAGCCUCUCAUCCCAGUGGCACAUAUCCGCCCCCUGCCCACCGGGGUGCAGUCAGUCAGUCCUGGGCCUGAGGAACCCCCUGUAACAAGGCCAUCACCCAGCUUUCAGGCCUCAGUGUCCAGAGAGGCUGGUGCUAGGGUGGUGGUGCCCAUAGCCCCUACCUACCGCUCAUCUGGACCCUUACCUUAUAGCCCAGCUCCUGCAGCUCCUGAAGCAGAGCCCCUAGAGGAGCUGUCCACAGCCAGCCAUGCUAUAGAGCCCAAGCAUGUCUCCAGCCUCCUUGAAGCCUCAGGCCCCUCAGGCCUCCACCCAUGCCCUGUUCCCAAAGUUGCACCCAAGCCCUGCCUUAGUGGCUGGACACGCCUAAAGAAGCAGCUGAUGGCGGAGGCAGAGGAUCCUGUAUUUCCAGAGCCAGGGCUGAGCCUGGAACCCACGCAACCAGAGGUGUCAGUUCCUGUGGGCCCACAGCCCCCUGCCUCCAGGGCCUCUAGGAUGUGGGAUGCAGUGCUGUACCGCAUGUCACUAGCUGAGUCCCGUAGAGGCCACCCUGUGGGGCUUGGAGAUGGGGGGCACCCCCUGGCCUGCCUCAGCCACCUGCCUUUUCUGUGCCGACCUCGCUUUAAUGCCCGGAAGCUACAGGAGGCUGUCCGCCCGCCUCCUACCCUGAACCCCAUCCUGGAGCUGCAUUCCCAGCCCAAGAACUUCAACCGGACAGCAGCAGGUUGGAGGCUCCAAUGACGUAGCCAGAGGAACUUCUGGGACUCUCUGGACUGGGGUGGACAGAGACUGACUGAGGCUGAGGAUACAGAGAAAGGGCCUCAGUCCUCACAAGUGAACGCAAUGGGUCAGAAUGGUGCAUGGCCAUGGCAGCUAGCUGAUGGCUGCUAAAAGGAGCCUAUUGGAUGGACACAGAUGAGUUGGUGGAAGCAGAAAUGACAAGUGAGAGAGAAGGAGGAAGCCAGGAGCAUGUGGCUGGAGGCAGUUUGGGGUUAUGGAGGAGAUUGACGGUUAGAGAAUGUUCAUGGAUGGUGGGAGCCUGACCUUAGGACCAGGGUUCAUGGAGGGCUCUAGGCCCAGUGCAAGCUGGUUUGAAUAAGGGGUAUUCAGAGGUUCAUAGGACCGGGCAGUGGAGAAAAGAUGUCUUGUGGUCUCAUGUGUGUUUCUUCUGAUUUCCUGCCAGUAAGGCUUACUGAGUAGGACUGCACUAAGGGCAGGGCUUAGUGCAAAUCACACAACCAAGUUUCAACAGUUGGGUAAGGACAGGCCAAGCCAGAGGGUCAUAAAGAGGCAGGGGCCAGGCACUAGGGGGACAUCUUCCUUAACAUCUUCCCAACUCUGAUAGAACAUCGGCUGUGAGAGGAGGGACCCAAAGGAGCCAGGAGAGGCUCCAUGUCACAGCUACCAUAACAGGAUUCAGCAGGGGUUGGGCUGGCAGUCCUACCUGGGAUAUGACGGGUACGAUGGCUGUAGCUAGAGCCACCAAUAAAUGUAUGUAUACCUA